AUGGGGCCUAUGCUCACCUCCUCCAACGUCUAUUGGGCAUUUGCGAAUAGAGGUUAUGUGACGGAUCCCGAAUACGUGAAAGCUGUGAUAAGGAAUUAUGUGCAUUUCAAAGCUCAGAGGGGGAAAUCGAAGACUGAGAUAUCAAUGAAGUUGGAAUGCCUGGAAAGAGAGUUCCCUCAAUUUGCAUAUGCCUUCCGUGCUAUCAGGCAGGAAUACUCUCUAUCCCCUUCUCGGAUCUUACCUGCUCCUAGAGUGACAUCUAGUAGUGCCAGCAACAAUAGCAAUCUCCGACGGACACAAACAGCUACCACACCUAGUCGAACUUCAAAUAACAAUACUAUCACUCGUACCCAUACGACCGUAGGAGCUACAACCAAUAGAGCCACCACGAACAAUGACGAUGAACCUCCCCCUCCACCUUAUCAGAGCCAAGAUCCUGAUCCAGCAUCAACUAGGAUACUCCAGGAAUCACUAGCAGCCGAAGCUGAACUGAGGGGGACGUUACCUGGUCAAACCACCUCUACUCCUACCACAGCAACAAGCCACAACACUUCACCUCCAACAUCAGCAGCUACCCAACCACGAACAGCUGGAUCGGCCAAUGCAGAGGUCGACGACGGACCUCAGCGCGUACCUAGUGAUCCGGAAUUAGCUAGGAUAUGGGAAGAAUCCCAGUUUGAGGAAGCGAAAAGGGCCAGUCUAGCUUGGCAGGUGGAACAGCAGGAGCUACAGGAAGCAAUGAGAUUGAGUUUAGCAGAAUCAGAAUCCAGAGGAGAAGGUUCGUCGAGCGGUACGGCUGGUCCGAGCAACGCUCGUCCGAUAAGUACCAUUCCCGAAACCCAGUCAAUAGGGGGAACUAGUAGUCACGGCUCAGAUAUGAGAGACUUGGUAGAAGGCAUUGGAGAUAUGAUCACUCCUGGAUCUUAUAAUUCAGUCCAUCCAUCAGCUUCCACAUCCGACUCAGACAACCAGAACAACAAUCAACAACUUCAGAAUUUACUCGAUGAACAAUCUAGUUCAUAUACCGGUCAGACACCCCUUACACCCCAGAAGACAGGAUUCCACAUCCAAAGUAAAAACCCCUUCUUAUCGUCCAACGAGAAAGAACAACUUCAAGCUAUGGAACAGGCUGCUCUUCAUGAUCAGUCCCAUCCAGCACCCUCUGAUCAGCUUGCUCAACAACAUACACCACCACCUAUGACAGCUGGAUCGAGCUAUACACAUUAUACACCACCUUCUGAGCCAAGUCAGCAGCUCUACACCCCUCCUCCUGGUCCACCUCCCAGCCAUCUUCGUAUAGUCACUCCCACUUCACCUACUUCCAGACCUCUACCUGCAACUCCUAAAGAUCAAUUCCCGUGGAACGGAUCAUCUAGUCCUAGUAAUGGCAAUGGCACACUAUCAAGUCCGAUAUCUCACAAUCAACCUUACUUGUCUUCACCUGUCGCAGAAUCACAUAACAGCUUACAUCAAACAUUGCAGGGGACACCACCUACCCUGCCCGCAAGAAGAAAAUCAUUCGUACCUCCUCCAGGGAAAGAAGACGCUUUAGAGAUGUUGAAAGAUUUCGAUACUGUUUUCCUAGUCGACGACAGUACUUCUAUGGCAGGGGAUAGAUGGUCAGAAGCGAGACAGGCUUUAAUGGAAGUGGCUGAGAUUGCAGCGAGGUACGAUGAGAAUGGGGUGGAUAUUUACUUCUUAAAUAGUAAGAGGGUAGGCAAGGAGUUGAGAGCCGCUCAUGAAGUGGAAGAUCUAUUCAGGGGUUUGGAACCUAAGGGAGCUACUCCGACUGGAAUGAGAUUGGAGAGUAUAUUAAGGGAAUAUAUGGCAAGAUUAGAAAGAUCUCGACCUACGUCUCCGACAUUGAACGGAGGUGGAAGUUCGGAUGCUUCCGUCAAGCCUAUGAAUCUGAUCAUUGUGACUGACGGGGCACCCACCGACGAUCCCGAAUCGGUAAUUAUCUCAAUUGCAAAACGGUUGGACAGAGGUGAAUAUCCCUUAUCUCAAGUGGGCGUACAAUUCUUACAGAUUGGGAAUGAUUCAGAAGCUAGGGAGGCUCUACAGGAAUUAGACGAUGGGUUGUCGGCUGCCCAUGGCGUGAGGGACAUUGUGGACACUGUCCUGUAUGAUGGAGAGGAUAUGAGCGCCGGUUUGAUAAUCAAAACGUUAUUGGGAGGGAUUAACAGGAGAUUGGACAGAAGAAGUCCAGCUUGA